GGUGACUGUGAUAGUGUAGACAUGGAUAUAGGCGCGAUGUAGCUGUCACAUGUCACUGAUAGGUCUGCAUGACGAGAUGGUGUUCUAAAGGUAGUGACACGCCUGUAGAUGGCAGAUAACAGUGGCAGAACCCCGACUGACUGCAAGUGCAACUCCGCCAAAUAGUUUUCAGCACAAUGAGUAAAACAAGAUUCGAGAUGUACGUAAAGGCAGGAAGUGAUGGGAUAAGUAUUGGCGAUUGUCCAUUCUCACAACGUGCAAACAUGUACACGCAGCUGAAGAUUCCAGCCGAACUGGUCACAGUCAUUCCCAUAGACAUCACCAACAAAACAGAAGACUUUCUGAAACUGAACCCAGAGGGAAAAGUUCCAGUACUUGUAGACCACGAAAAGAAUAAAGUGAUCGCAGACUCUGGCGCCAUCACAAGUUACAUACACGACAAUUUCGCAUCUCCAGAUCUGCAUCAGAACUACAGUGGUCCAGCGGUACAGGCCUCAAGCGGAGUGUUCGGGAAAUUGGCUGCUUUGCUAAAGAAUUCCGACCCAGCGUCUAUACCCAAGCUGAAGGAAGACCUGGCUAAGGAGCUGAGGGCAUUAGAUGACUUCUUGAAGUGUGCAGAUUGUGAAGGGCCGUUUCUAGUGUGCGACAGGAUCUGUGAACUGGACUGCUCUGUGCUGCCUAAGCUGCGACAUGUGCAGGUAGCAGGGAAGUAUUUUCAAGGGUUUCAAAUCCCCGAGGACUGUGUGGCACUUCUUGAGUAUAUCAGGAAGGGAGAAAAUACAGAUGUGUUCCGACAAACCUGCCCUAAAGAUGAAGAAAUCAUUAAGGGCUGGUCGAGACAUAAUAUCAUGGUAGUGAACAAGUAACUGUGUUGGAGUAUUUGUUUUCUGACAAAGCAGCCUUUGAAAGUCCAAACAUGUAGCAAUAUCUCCAUAUGAUAUAAACGGUACAUUUAGCUUCAAUUAUUACUGGGCGGUCGGGUAGCCUAGUGGUUAAAGCGUUCGCUCGUCACGCCGAAGACCCGGGUUCAAUUCCCGACAUGGGUACAAUGUGUGAAGCCCAUUUCUGGUGUCCCCCGCCGUGAUAUUGCUGGAAUAUUGCUAAAAGCGGCGUAAAACCGUACUCACUCACUCAAUUAUUACUAUAAUAGUGCCUGAAACCAAUGAUGUUGAUUCUUGUAAGGUCAUGCAUCAACACCAAUCGCAUUAAUAUCAGAUCCUGUACUCAGAUUUACGGUGUGAAUGUAUGAGGACACCUGGAUCGGAUUCCGCCUAAGAUGAACUUUCUGAUCACCCAAUCAGCAUGAUCAGUGUAGAGGCUUAUAAAUUCUCGGGUGGGUACAAUGUGUGAAGCCCAUUUCUGGUGCCCCCUGCUGUCAUAUUGCUGGAGAUUGCUAAUACGGCGUAAAGCCAUACUCACUCACUAAAUUUAAAUUCUCGGUACAGAUGAGCAUAGCAUUCGAACAAGCAUCUGUGAUUUCUGUGUGUUGGGAAAAAAAUUAACAGAAGAAUUUCCAUGUGACCAUGUGUCUUGAAGCUGCUAUUUUUUGCAUUACAAGCCUGGCAAUGAGGCCUAUAGUACAGAGGAUUGGAUAAUAUCAGAUACAUUGUGAAAAAACGCUUCAAUUUACAUUGGUUUAAGUUACAAAGUUGAAAAAAAAAUUCAAGUGCCAGCUGAAAUAAAAUGCUGUCAUUUGUUGAGAGUAACAAUACAAACUUGUGCAUGCUAGGAUAUCAUAAUAAUACAAAGGCCAAUAUCUUGAACUUAAGUUAGUAUAAACUAACGAACAAAAACAUUUGAUACAUCCAGCUGUAAUUAACUGUUAAUGGUAAUUCAGGGGCCUCCUUGGUAUUGUCUCCGUUGUCUAGUGGUAGAGCGUCCGCCCGGAGAGCGGAAGGUCCGGGGUUCGAUCCCCGACCACGUCAUACCAAAAGAUGUUAAAAGAUGGUACUUGUUGUUACCCUGUCUGGCGCUCAGC